CAGGCUAAAGGAAAGUUAUUUCGGGACAACUUUCACUGGCCUCUAGACACAUUUAAACGGAGAGUGUGCAGACUGUGUUUGUCUGGGUCACAACAGGCGGUCGGUUGUCGUCGGUCAUUUCAGCGUUUCCUCCCGUUCUUCGGUGCCGUGUGAAGUUAGCCCCGGAGGCGACGAGGCACGAGCUCUGCUCGAGUUCACAACAGGCGAACAAACAAGUCAACAAGCCCGUUAUUAACGUUAAUGACUGCGAAUUAAACUCCAUCGUGGUUUUCUUAGUCGCGUAAACGGCGUGCUUUUCAUACUCGUUACGUGACGCAUAAAGAGCAGAUUUGCUGGAUUGUCUUUACUCUCGCUGUUCAUUCGUUGGAGACAUGAGACCGAGGUGAAUAAACCGCUGCAAAGCUACUGUAAAAGGAGUCUGUCAUGUCCGGUCCCACCUGGCUUCCACCGAGGACUCUGGACAGCCCAGAGCGAGCAGUGCCCCAGAUGUCCCACUCUACCGGGUCAGCAAUCUACCGAGCCCCUAACAAGAAAGGCGUGUCAGACUUUCGCCCGAAAUAUGGUGCUUAUGACCAGAAUGGAGGAGGGGGAGGGGAAGUGGCCAACAGGUACAUGGCUACUGGACCCACAGGUGGACCCACUCAUCAUCCAUCAAGUGAUCACUAUUACUCGCCUCCCCAUGGUCCUAAGGAAGAUCGGCACUGGAGCCCUCACAUGGACAGCUACGAGCGAAUGCACCGAGGGCCCGAAAAGCCAGUGAGCUAUCACUCUAAAAUUGAUGCAGACAUCGACUCCCUCACCAGUAUGCUCGCUGAUCUCGACAGCCACCCGCAGGACUCCAGCACACAACUGUACGACAACGUGCCUUACAACAAGUACCUCUCAGGUGAUCAUUACAAUCCUGCACACCAGAGUGCAGCUCCUCCUCAGGGUCGGCCCUCCAUGGGUUACCCUCCUCACUCCCAGAGCCAAUACCACCCUGUGCCGCCGUACCCCAGCGAGCACCAGACAUCUCAGUACUCCAACUCCCACCAGCAGGAUUACUACUCCUCAACCCCCAAACCCUAUCCUCAGCCCGUUCCAGCCUCCUACACCACUGCCUCAACUCCUACUGGUCCCAGGUUCAGCGUCCAGGUCAAGACGGCACAGCCCGUCACCUACUCGCAGACGGGGAGGCAGGCUGAACAGGCCUACACGCCGCCUCCUCCUCGCCAACACGUGUCACGCCCCCAACCCCAGACUCAGGCAAGUCCUCAGGGCUGGUACCCCCAACACCCUGCUUCACAAGGUCAGGAUCUGCACCCCGAGGCGGGCUACAAAAGCAGCAGCUCAGGGUCUGCGGGAAGAGUCAGCCAUGUUCCGGUGAAUAAGAGAGGAAUGGAAAAUAAUCAGCCUGUGGCAGGAGCCGUACAGAGUUCUGCUUAUCAGUCCAGCAAGCAGGGGAUUGCAACAAGCAGACCGGAGGAGGAGUUGGAGCGACUCACCAAGAAGUUGGUGUAUGACAUGAAUCACCCCCCUGCGGAGGACUAUUUUGGCCGCUGUGCCCGCUGUGGUGACAAUGUGGUUGGAGAUGGCAGCGGCUGUAUCGCUAUGGAGCAGGUGUUUCACGUUGAGUGUUUCACAUGCAUCACCUGCCACGCCCGUCUCCGGGGGCAACCAUUCUAUGCUCUGGACAAGAGGAGUUACUGCGAGAGCUGUUACAUUAGCACAUUAGAGCGCUGUUCAAAGUGCUCCAAGCCAAUCCUGGACAGAAUCCUGAGGGCCAUGGGAAAGGCUUACCAUCCUCGCUGUUUCACAUGUGUGGUUUGUAACUGCUGUUUGGACGGCGUGCCCUUCACCGUGGACGCCACUUCUCAGAUACACUGCAUAGAUGAUUUUCAUAGAAAGUACGCGCCACGCUGCUCGGUGUGUGGCGAGCCCAUCAUGCCUGAACUGGGCCAGGAAGAGACUGUCAGGAUAGUGGCGUUAGACCGCAGUUUCCAUGUCAACUGUUACGUCUGUGAGGAAUGUGGCCUCCUGCUGUCGUCUGAAGGCGAGGGUCGGGGCUGUUACCCGCUGGACGGCCACAUCUUGUGUAAGAGCUGCAGUGCUCGGCGCAUCCAGGACCUGUCGGCCAAAAUCUCCACCGACUGCUAACAAACUCUCCUUCAUCCACUCACACUUCUCACACAGACGGAACACACCCCUGGCUUUGUUCCAUUAAGUACAUUACUUUUUCUUUUUUUUUUUUGCUGUGGUUGCUCUGAGUCAACAAACACUUCUUUAGCUCCCUCU